AUGGCCACCGUCAGCAUCAUUAUCCCCGGGAGGCGGGCUCCGCCAGCUCUGAUAUCCACACUCUUUGCCCCAGGAACAGAACUUCCCAGCCCUCCAUCUGUGUGGUUUGAAGCAGAAUUUUUCUCCCACAUCCUCCACUGGACUCCCAUCCCGAAUCAGUCAGAAAGCACCUACUAUGAAGUGGAGCUUCUGAGGUAUGGAAGAGACUCCUGGGAGUCCACCCCCAGCUGUAACCAGACCCUGGUGCUGUCCUGUGAUCUCACUAUUAUGACCCUGGACCUGUACCACGACAAUAGCUACAAAGCCAGGGUCCGGGCAAUGGCUGGAAACCAGUACUCCAACUGGACCAACACCAACACCCGCUUCUCCCUGGAUGAAGUGACUCUGAUGGUCAGCGUGAAGCUAGAGGUGGACAACGGCAUCAUCCUCGGGCGGAUCCAGCUCCCCAGGCCCAGGAUCGCCCCUACAGGCGACACUUACGAAAGCAUCUUCCAACACUUCCGAGAGUAUGACAUUAAGUUGCGCAAGGUGCCAGGGAACUCUACGUUCAUAAAGCAGAAGAUAAACCAUGAAACCUUCAGCCUCUCACCUCCUGGAGAACUGGGAGAAUUCUGUGUCAAGGUGAAGCCAUCUGUGGCCUCCCGAGUGAACAGGGGGCUGUGGUCCAAGGAAGAGUGCAUUGUGCUUACCCCACGGUAUUUCACCAUGACCAACCUCAUCAUCUUCUUCGCCUUCGUCCUGCUGCUCUGUGGAGCCCUGGCCUACUGCCUGGUCCUCCAGCUGUACGUGCGACGCCAGAGGAAGCUGCCUACCGUCCUGGUCUUCGGGAAGCCCCAUCCGUUCAACUUGGUCCUCCAGAUCCCCUGCCCAGAGCCCCAGGACACCAUCCAUCCCCUUGACGAGGGGGCCUUCCCCAAAGUGUCCCCGGAGCUGAAGAACUCGGAACUGCACGGCAGCACAGACAGCGGCUUUGGCAGUGCGAAGUCAUCCCUGCAGAAUGAGGGGUCCCAGUUCCUCCUGCCGGUCCCCCACCCCCAGGCGGCGGGGACUGUGGGAAAGGGGGCGCCCCGGGAGCCGGAGAGCAGCCGCAGCGGGGGCAGCAGCAACAGCACAGACAGCGGGAUCUGCUUGCAGGAGCCCAGCCCGAGUCCUGGCACCGGACCCCACUGGGAGCAGCGGGUGAGGAAGAGCAGCCAGGGCCAGGACGACAGCGGCCUCGGUCUAGCCCAAAACUCAGAAGGGCAGCCUGGGGAUGUGCAGGGGGUCUCAGACUUGGGCCGUGUCAAUGCCCCAGGGCCUGAGGUGCCUGGGGAGGAAGACCCAGCCUCAGUGGCAUUCCGGGGCUACCUAAAGCAGACCAGGUGCACACAGGAGAGAGCAACCACGGCAGGCUGCCUGGAGGAAGAGCCCGCCUCGACAGAUGGCCUCGGCCCCAAGUUCAGGGCAUGCCUGGAUGCCGAGGCAGGCUGGCCCCCGCUGGCCCUGGCCAAGGGCUAUUUGAAACAGGACCCAGGAACAACUCACCCUGCAUCAGGGACCCCAACCGGACAGUGGAGUCGGCCAACUGAGGAGUGGUCACUUCUGGGUUUGACCAGCUCCAGGGACCUAGGAGCAUCUGACUGCAACUUGGCCCAUGACCUGGCCCCUCUGGACUGUAUGGCAGCCCCAGGUGGUCUCCUGGACCGCUUUGACUCAAACCUGGUCACUCUGCCUCUGAUCUCCAGCCUGCACUCGAAUGAGUGA